CUACAGGGCUAUCCUCGGCUAUGUAACCCUACUGCGUUAUUAAGAUUAAGCUCAGAUUGUUGGUUCAGGCUAUCUGAGUUCCUACCUUUCACGUCUUAUAGGAGUUCCCCCCAAUAAAUAUCCACGCUUACGCCGUAGACGCUUUAUGUAGCUUUGAUUAAAUUAAGUUGGAAAACUGGUACAGUCGCGGGCUGGGCCCUGCAUAGCACAGCACAUUCUUGGACGACAUAGCUAGGCCUUGUCACAAAUGGGUAGCUUUUCCAGCAAACCGACUAGAAAGGCUAAAAAGCCAGUCGUAACAGAGGUUGACAGGGCUAUUCUGUCAUUAAAAACGCAACGAAAAAAGCUGGAAGACCAAGAGAAACUGCCGACCCAGAUCAACGUUCGAUUAGAGCGCCAUGCGGAGGUGGCCCGGCAGCUAGCGGGCGAGGGCCGCCGUGACCGCGCACUGCUGGCACUACGCAAGAAGAAGCUGAGCGAGAAGCAGCUGGCGCAGCUGCAUGGGCUCAUCAUCAAUGUGGAAGAAAUGCUCUCCAACAUCGAGCUGACCAAGCAGCAGACGGCGGUGUUCUCCGCGCUGCAGAGCAGCAACGAGGCGCUCAAGCAGCUGCAGGCGCAGGUGCGGCUGGAUGACGUGCAGCGGCUGCUUGACGACACCGCGGAGGCGCGGCAGUACCAGACGGAGCUGUCGGAGCUGCUGGGGGGGCAGCUGACGCAGGGGGAGGACGAGGAGGUGGCUGCGGAGUUGGCUGCUCUGGAGGAGGUGGUGGCGGACCAGGAGCGGCUGGACAUGCCCGCGGCACCCGCCACCAAGGUACCGGAGGCGGAGCAGGCGGCCGCUGCUCGGGCCGCAGCCCAGGCGGAGGAGCGGCAGGAGGGAGGAGGAGAGGAGGCAGGGGCGGAGGCAGGAGCGGCAGGGGAAGAGGAGGGCGUCGCAGAAGGGGAAGCCCCAGGUCGGCAACAGCAGCCGCAGCAGCGGAGGGUGACAGCGGAAGCGGCAGUGGCAUCCGCGGCACAGGAAGACGAGGUGGAGGAAGAGGGGGAGGAGGAGGGCGGUCGACGAGAAGCCAUGCUUGCAUCAUGACAACUUCAUGGGGCGUUGCUGUUGUGGCAGUGUAGGGAGCGCAUAGGGGCAUCCAGGGGUGCAGUCAUUAGGAAUACGUAAGCGCGUAACACCCGUCUUCAGCGGGUGUGCAGCUUCUGUGGGUUCCGAGCCUUCCAGACCAACCCGGAUAUGGUGGGAGGCGUAUGUGACUCGGGGUGACUGAGGGUGACUGAGGGAAGGCGAGUGAGGUGGCGUGCAUGGCAGCGAGGGGGAGGCAGCGACGAGGGGAGGAAGAAGAAAUGCAGGGAGGGAGCGUGAGCGGAAGAAAGAAGCAUCUGGUCAUGGGGGUGGUUCACUGGAUAUGGUGCAUCCUGGCUGGCAAGAGGCAGCUGGGGUGAAGAACAGAGAAGAAGGCAGGAGGCACUCAAUUGGGUAUCUGGCUUUUGGGUCUCCCCGGGCCGAGGAGGUGGGAGUGCUGAGGAGAGCAUUGGGGGCGCGGGUGCAGCUCACGGCUGUGUGUUGUUUGAACAGGAGAGCCUGGCAACCUGAGAUGGGGUGUGAUGGCGUUAGAUGUGAAUGGCGAUGACGGCAGGUAGGGGCAGGCGUGUGGCUACAAGCUCCAGACUGCUGUGCCGCCGCUGGCAUCGGACGUCUGGCGGGUAUGUACGGUAUGCUUUAGGAUGGCCAUGGGUCUUCUCUCUCCCCAUGGCCUCAGUCAUGGGAUCAUUGCUGGUGACUGUCCGGUGUUCGCCUGGGUCAGUACUGUAAAUUUAGAUAAGGUGACGCGAGGCUACCCAUCGCUGUCCGCAAGGCACGGGCAGAACGGGCCAGUUUUUGUUCAAAAUUUGGGUUAGGCCGCAACUCUGAAGGUAGCGGAAUGUCUUGGAGGCUAUGCAGAUCCAGGAGCGCUGAGGAUAAAUCGGUUCACGCAUGUGUCGCUGCGUCCCCUGGCUAGAGGUCUGGGUCUUCUGACAUGGCCCAGCGCCUUGCUUCCCAUGGGUAGGCUAUUGAGAAUGACCUAUGACAUUCGCUGCCACCGAGUCUGCAACGGAAAACGGCGCCUCUGGGCAGCGGAUGUUGCAGCCUUGCGCGCAGGACUCAGCCGAUUUCACACUUGCACAACGG